AUGUUUUCAGUAAACAUACCAUUAGCAAAACAAAAAAUCAUUUAAACUGGAUUAAACAGUCCUUAGGUGGAACCAUUAAAGACAAAAAAAGAAAACCGCUCAGUUUCCAUUGUGCAAAUAGGUUGUAGUACAGAAUCCACGUGUUGACAAUGCAUUGGUACUCGUGCUAGGAAGGCAGUCACUAUCGUCCCUUCCCUACCUUCGUCUCUUUCUCUCUCUCUUACUCUGCUUUUGCCCUCACUGCUUACUCUGUCUUUCUUCCUCAGACACCGAUUAAAAAAAACCCUAAUUUCUCUGCUCGAUUUCUCUCUGGUCGUGAAAAAACAAAGAGAAGACAAAUGCUGGAAGCUGCUGAUGACUCAAACGUCCUCAACAGAGGAUUCUCUCAGCUUCAGAAUUGCUUCGGUGAUUGCAGUAGCGAAGAAGAAUUAACCGUCCUGCCACGCCAUACAAAAGUUGUCGUCACCGGAAACAACCGUACCAAAUCUGUCCUCGUCGGUCUUCAAGGCGUUGUUCAGAAAGCCGUCGGACUCGGUGGUUGGCAUUGGCUGGUUUUGACAAAUGGAAUCGAAGUGAAGUUGCAGAGGAAUGCGCUUAGUGUCAUUGAAGCUCCUACAGGAAACGAAGAAGACGAUGAUGUUGAAGUCGAGCAUACGCAAUGGAAUCCAUCUGAUAUGAGUAAGCUUGGUUCCUUGUCGGAAAAAAUCUGUCAACUCUUCGAAGUUGAAUGUUCUUUGAUCGUGUGUGUUGCAGCAUGUGAAGACACUUUGAAGCCUCACAAGUCGAAGCAAAGAGGAUACAGAUCAGCGCGAUUAUCACAUAAGGCAAUGUGCAGGGCCUUAUCUUCUGACGCACACUCAAAAAGCUCGACUAUUACUCCUCGUGUGAACAUGAAGGUUGAUCUUAGCAAAUUGGAUAUGCCUGCAUUACAGAGAUACAUACGACAUUUUAACCUCGUGGAUACACUUCCUAAUCCGUCAAAGGAGCAGCUACUUGAGAUUGUUCAGAGACACUUCAUGUCUCAGGAAAUGGAUGAGCUUCAGGUUAUUAUGGGAUUCGUUCAAGCUGCAAAAGGAAUGAAGAAAGCUUGCAGGUGGAAUUUAAGAGAACACCAGAAACACUGAUCUUAAAUGCAACAGCUAAAGCUCUUAAAUGGACUAACGGACGGUCACAUAUUUUUAAACCGUGGCUUAAAAGGUUGAUCAGUAGUUAAGCCUAUGUCUCUUUUGGGUUAACAGUAGAUGUUGUUAUUUUGCUCAUGUAAGUACAUCAAGAAGCAAUGACCUAAACACAAAGUAGCGUUUCUAGUAUCUAAUUAAGCAUCUAUCUUUAUAUACGUAUUGCAAAGAA